GACGUCAUUAAUCGCUCUCGGAGCGAGUAUAUAUCUGUAUCAGUCGAAAACGCUAUAAGUUCUGUAAGUAACAUAUUCCUUGCAAUCCGUGAGUUAUUUCAACAGUUUUUAAUUUUCUGAAACUGAAGAAGGAAUUCUUAGAACACUUGGAAGUACGAUCAAAGCAGCGAUUCGCCGGCGAAGUUAUCGCUCAGCGAUCGUUCGCUCUUUUCUUGUUUUAGGUUAUCUUGUUUCAACAAAGCUAACACAAGGUAUGUUUCGGAUACCGAAACCAACAAUGCCUACUGCCACUACAACGACAAUUACAAAACGUUCAAAACAAACACAAAGUUGCCGUUAUUCAUCCUAUGAAUGCACACAACCUUGUCUAGAAGGAUAUACAUACUGUGCUAAGCAUAUUCUUGAAGAUUUGAAUGCACCUUACAAACAAUGUGCUUUUAUAUAUAAUUCUAAUGCAAAAAAAUGUCGAAAUCCUGCUCCCAAAUUGGAUAGGAGAGAUGUUUCAUACUGCAGUGAACAUUCCAGAAAAGCGCAAAUUAUUGUAGUUGCUUUGCGCAAGGAUAAGAUACUACUUACUCCUCGAAUUAUUAGUAUCGAUUUUUUAAGGCACGCCGGUAUUUUUACGGCGGAAGAGGUAAUCUAUAUCGCCAGGGAGAAACUGAUUAGGCUUCAAUCCCUUUACAUCGAUCAAUUUAGGAGGCUCCAGUAUGUGUUGAAGGAGAAAAGACGAAAAUAUCUACUUGCUUUGAAAAAGGAAAGGAAACACUUUAUACACGAUCAAGCUAAGGAAACAGUGAAAGAGAAAAAGCUUUAUGAGAAAUUAAAAGCUUUAAAUCGUUAUCACAGACGAAGUGGUGCUGAAGCUAUACUUUAUAGGAAAUCGUUAGAACGUCGUGCACAGGCAACUGAACCCGCCCAGAAACCGCCGAACUUGUCGAAGUGCGUGUUUACCGAAGGUGGUGUGAAAUGUGGCGAAAGGACUCUUCCAUCAGCUAAGCAUUGUCGUAAACAUAUUCUGAAGGACACGCAUCAAGUUUUGUUCAAAGCAUGCGGAGCGGUACGGGCAGAUAUCGAGUGCCAUGAACCUGUACCUGUAAUUUUCGACACUAACUGUGUAUUUCAUAUGAACUUGCCGCCGUCGUGUAAACUAGAAUCUAUGAAGUUCGAGGAGGAGAAGCCCACGAUAAAAGAAGUGUCGAUGAUUGAUAAUCAGAUGGACAUCGAUGUGGUGGGCGAGUCACAAGAAAUUGAUCCCGACGAUGAUAUGGCGGGAUUGAUGAGGGAAAUGAACGACUCCGCUCAUGCAAAACCUGCGUAUGUGAAUGAGAGCUUAAACAGCGAAACCAGCACAGACACGGCGUUCAGUUUGUCAGCGCAAAUGAGUGAUCGGGACGAAUUCGUUACUGCAUGACAAAAUAUUCUUCUGUGAUCCCUAAAGUGGGAGAAUAUUAUUGUUGUUAUUGUAAAAAGUGUCGAGGAUAAAAAUGAUGAUCUCUGAUAUUUUCAUCACGAAAAUUUCCUCACACGCAUCUCAAGUUUAAUUAUAUUUGUUUUCACUCUGUAACUAUAUAUAUAUUCAUUUAAUACAAUCGUUAAUACAUAUUUGUAUAUAUAAAUUGGAAAAUAGAACAUAA